GACUGCACUGCAGUCGACUUUUUAAUCCGAUGAAAAAUGUCAGUUUUCGAAUGUCCGUUUGUCUUGAUCUGGAUACUUAUUUUCAUUUUUAUCGUUAAUCCUACAGCAAGUGUUGAAAAUGAUCCUUCUCAGUGUGUGUUAACUGGUCCAGGAUUAAUUCCCAAUCGUAUAGUUCUCCCUGCCCGAUAUUUUUUCAUUCAAUCAACUGAAAGGUGCAAUGUUUCUCAAGCUGAUAUAAUUGUUGAGCUGAAGGGACUUUCUGAACAUGGCCCUUGCAGAGUGUGGACUCAGAUCCUUGAUCGGCGUGAUGGAAGUUUUAUAGUUCGUUAUAAAAUGUUUCAGUAUUGUGAUGACAUGGAGAUAAAUGUCACCUGGAAAGGACAUCAUUUAGCCGACUCACCAUACUCUUAUAAAGGGAGAGUUUAUGCUGAAUCCUGUGAUUGUCCACUUGACAGCAUUGAUGAAAUGAUAAAUGAUUAUCAAUGUUCAGUGAAUGUUGCUCAAAUUGACCAUGAUCUUAAUCAAUUCCAAAAUGUUGAUUUUAAUCAAGUUUUGACAGAGGCCAUGAAGAGAUUCAGUCAUGCUGGAUCUUACAGUUUUUGCCAUUACGUAGUUCUAAAUAAUAAGGUUUACCGCCGCUGUUAUGGUCAACAUGUUGGAUUUAACAUGUUCAUGGACAACAUACUUUUAUCAUUAUCUCGUAAAGCAGUCCUUCCGGACAUGGAAUUUUUGAUAAAUCUGGGCGAUUGGCCAUUGGUGAAGAAAAAUACCCUGCCAAUUAUUCCAAUAUUCUCAUGGUGUGGUUCAACCCAAACUGCUGAUAUCGUAAUGCCGACUUAUGAUAUUACAGAAGCCUCUUUGGAGUGUAUGGGAAGAGUGACGUUAGACAUGUUGUCCGUACAAUCCAAUCCGGAUACCAAGUGGGAAAACAAACAAGAGAAGGCUUUCUGGAGAGGAAGAGAUUCGCGACGAGAACGUCUUAACUUAGUGAAACUUUCACGCCAACGCCCUGAGUUGAUCAACGCGUCUCUCACUAAUUUCUUCUUUUUUCGCGACGAAGAGAAGACAUAUGGUCCAAAGGAGGACCAUAUUUCUUUUUUCAAGUUCUUUGACUACAAAUACCAACUGAAUAUAGAUGGAACUGUAGCAGCUUACCGAUUUCCAUACCUAUUGGCCGGUGAUGCUGUGGUGUUCAAGCAAGAUUCUGAAUAUUAUGAACACUUUUAUAGCGACCUUAAGCCGGGAGUCCAUUAUGUUCCAAUAAAAGCAGACCUUAGCGAUCUGGUAAAAAAAAUUCAAUGGGCAAAGACUCAUGAUGAAGAAGUUCGGAAGAUUGGCAUUAACGGAAGGCAGUAUUCAGUAAACCAUCUAUUACCGAAAGACGUUAUCUGCUAUCACGCCAUCCUUUUUAAGAAAUGGAGCCAGAAACUAAAAAAUCCAAUUCGAGUUCAUGACCAAAUGACUUUAGUUAAGCCUUCUAAUUCGACAGACAAGCGAUUGGGGCAUUGUCAGUGCCUGAAGAAAUCAACUCACGUCGAGUUAUGAAGUGACUUUUUUUAACGCACAACUUGCGCUAACCAAAUGCCAAAGUAAUCAGAGUAACUAGCUAAACUGAUUACGUACUUUUUACUUGAAAUUAUCCUCUUUUUUCGAUUAUAAUGGUUUUAUUAUACUACGAAAACAAUAACAGAUCUAAUACAUUUACUUUUUACAAACUUUGAA